UCUCUACUCAAAUACAAGUUUAACAACAAAAAUUAAAAGGAAAACAAACUAAAUAUGUGUAAAGUAAACCAAGCGCAAGAUAAAUUUGCGUAUGGCCAGUGAGGAAGAACAACAAUUUUGCCAGCGCAGCCUUGUCUCGCAAUUAACUACAAAAGUUUUCGGCACAAUGAACAACUCCACAAAUAGCGGUACUAGUGUGGAGGCGAACGCAACUGCCGGCGCCGCUGCUGCGACUACGUCGACGGCUGCGGUGCCGGAAUUUGUGCAUCUGACUGAGACGCGACGCUAUAUUUAUAGAGUCAUAGCCGCAAUACACGAUGAAAGCUUUCCAAAGCAUGUGCAUCAAUUGCUCAAAUUGUUUGAACGUGCCAUACGUGAGGAGUUUGUAAGUGCGCAAAACUCCUCACUGAAUUGCCGUAAGCUGGCACGCCAAGUGAUAGCUCUCACCGAGCUUGUACACGAGCAACUACAGCUGGGCAAGCAAUGGAUGGAGCUGCGUAGCUCGUUGGAAAAUCGCCAGCGCAUCUGCUACAUUAUAGCCAACUAUAUAGCCUGUGAGCUCUGUGCAGCCCAGGAUAAAAUGGAAAAGGAACAGUGCAUUAUAGAACGCAUCAAUAGCAUGUUAACUCUGUUCAUAGAACAAAAUAAUGCAAACUCAAGUGCUUUAAAGGAGGACAUGCUGUGCACGCUGGUGGCCGUGCCAAAGCUUUUUAUUUUAACCAUUACAAUAUGCUUAUUUGUUUACAGUCGCCUUUUUCCCCAGUGGCCCAAGAUAAUAGAUGUUUGUUAUCAAGUGGAGCUACCAGACAAGUUAUAUAUCGAGUACAUAAUCGUAUUUUAUUAUUGGCAUCGGCUUGUGCGCGAUGAGGACACCAGGCAGCGGAUCUAUGAAUUUGCCGCCAAAUUUAUGCGUCCAUCACGCACGCUUUUCUCAAAUCCCACUUAUCUGAAUCAUAUGCCUAUGAUAAGCGAUAUCAGCACUGCAACGCUUAGUAUAUUGCAGUUUUUAAACAUGAAGGGGUGCUUCAAGUUGCAUGCAACCAGCAAAUUAGACAAUCGACAGUCCACAGCGAAUGAUUUGUUGCUCGAUUCGGACGAGGAAGAUGUGGAACUUGAUACUGCCGGGGAAAUUCUAAUGGGAAAUAAGACUACUGGCGAGUCGGCACAGGAACAGGAGCAGCCUGACUUUCUGCGUCGGCUUUGCCGCAAUGCAACUCAUCAAAAGCCUGUGGAGCGCGCAACAGCGUUAUAUCGCGGCAUUGACAGCAGUCGUGAAGUUGUGGAUCUUUGUGAAUCGGAUGAGGAUGUGGACAUGUUUUCGCUUGAUUUCAAUGUGCCUGCGACAGUGGACACAAAUGUAUCUGCUGAUGAUGAUUAUGUGCCCAUCACAAUGAUAUAUCCCAGUAAUUUGCGCACAUACGAGCGAACCACAAGCAGCUUCACAGCCACAACCGAAACCGUUGUCACAAGCGACUCACAGCUGGAGAUUUUCACGGCUAAUGCCAGCGUUACUGCUGAACCACAUUAUACCGUGCCGCGCAUUGUCAACAGCUACAGUUGUUGUCGGGAAGUUAUGAAUCAGAGCGUGCAAACGGCGGAGAUGUCGUUUGUUGCAACACAUUUGGAACCCACUUACCGCGAACUCCGCCUACAGCAGGCAUCUAGUCAAAAUAGUCGUAGCAGCGGGACAACAACGUUGCCGCCGAAAAAGCAGGUUACGUUUAAGGCACAGCUUCUGGGUCCUGGACAUAAAUCCACAAAAGACAGCAGGAGCAGCAAAGCCAUCAAGCCCUCAAUUAAGCAAUAUAAAGUGCAACAUGCUGACAAUAGCAUUGAAUCUCUCAAAUUAAUGGCACGCCAAGAACAUUUAUUAGCAAGCAAGCGCAUGUUCACUAAACUGGAAACAAAGAGAAACUGUGAUAAAAGCUUUGUUGGCACGCUGACACGUCAAACAUUGAGGCCUCAGUGCCCAGCCAUUGCGGUUGUAUCUUCAACGCAGCUUACGCCCACAACAAGCAAUGCAUCUACAGACACGCCCACGCCUCAGCAUCACCACCAAAGGUUGGCAACGCAACGGGCUAUGCCCACACCUCCCGCCUCCACGCAUAGCUCAUCAGAUACACCGCGCAAUACGCCGGACUCACGUCUGCGGUCGCAUGCGCGCAGGUCUUAUUUUAAGUCCAAUGGUCGACGCCUAAACAAAACGUCACAGGAUGAGGUGAAUUUUUAUAAUGAACUGCUGCGCCAGCAGCGUGCCAAGGUGAACGAGCGUCGACACGGCAAACCUGUAACAACGCCUGUCGUAAGACUUAAGCGAAUUAACCUAAAUGAAACGGAAAUUGCCAACUACAAUGCUGUUUUUAAUGCCACGUCGAACGCACGACGGUAGCUAAUCAAGAGCUCAAAGAGAUUUUAAUAUCACAACCCUGUUGCUACAUCUAAUACGCCAAUGUGACUUGUUAUCUUGAAUGUAAAACUGAAUAUAGUAGAUUUUUUUUUGAAACCCUUAUUAUUGAAAACCAAUGCCAUUAGCCUUAAGCACUUAGCAUAAGUUUAG